AUGCCGUCAGCUGUCUCCAUGUCCGUCACCCCAACAGGGACUCAGGACAAGUCUCAGGGAGACUGUUCGACAGGUCAACUCCUUCACCUCCGUGGGUCGUUCGACCUCCGCCGUGGGUCGUGGCGAUGCGCCACGACCGCCGCUCCCUGCGUACGAGGCAUGGUCGACUAUGAGCUGUGCAAACAGCGGGAUGAGGCGCAGAGGCAGGCGAGGCCGCACUUGUUCUUCGACUCUCAAAGGCACGUGGCGGAGAUGAAGGCGAAGUUGGCGGCGGACCCCGACUUCGACGUGAUGCACAACCCUUCUGUCAGUUCCAGCGACGUGUCCACCAGCACCAUCGCCAAGAGCUGUGCCGGCAGCAGCACCUUUGUAGAUCUCUUGAAGAGGCAAUAUGGCCAGGUUUGA